AUGGAUAUGCACUGCAAAGCAGACCCCUUCUCCGCGAUGCACCCAGGGCACGGGGGUGUGAACCAGCUCGGGGGGGUGUUUGUGAACGGCCGGCCCCUACCCGACGUGGUGCGGCAGCGCAUCGUGGAGCUCGCCCACCAGGGUGUGCGGCCCUGUGACAUCUCUCGGCAGCUGCGGGUCAGCCACGGCUGUGUCAGCAAAAUCCUGGGCAGGUACUACGAGACUGGCAGCAUCAAACCGGGCGUGAUCGGCGGUUCCAAGCCCAAAGUGGCAACGCCCAAAGUGGUGGACAAGAUCGCUGAGUACAAGCGGCAGAAUCCCACCAUGUUCGCCUGGGAGAUCCGCGACCGGCUGCUAGCCGAGGGCAUCUGCGAUAACGACACCGUGCCCAGCGUCUCUUCCAUCAACAGGAUCAUCCGGACCAAAGUGCAGCAGCCUUUCCACCCAACACCAGACGGGACUGGGACGGGAGUGACUGCCCCCGGCCACACCAUCGUUCCCAGCACGGCCUCCCCUCCCGUUUCCAGCGCCUCCAAUGACCCAGUGGGCUCCUACUCCAUCAAUGGGAUCCUGGGGAUUCCUCGCUCCAAUGGUGAGAAGAGGAAACGUGAUGAAGUCGAGGUAUACACUGAUCCUGCCCACAUUAGAGGAGGUGGAGGUUUGCAUCUGGUCUGGACUUUAAGAGAUGUGUCCGAGGGCUCAGUCCCCAAUGGAGACUCCCAGAGUGGCGUGGACAGUUUGCGGAAGCACUUGCGAGCUGACACCUUCACCCAGCAGCAGCUGGAGGCUUUGGAUCGGGUCUUUGAGCGUCCUUCCUACCCUGACGUCUUCCAGGCAUCAGAGCACAUCAAAUCAGAACAGGGGAACGAGUACUCCCUCCCAGCUCUGACCCCUGGGCUUGAUGAAGUCAAGUCGAGUCUAUCUGCGUCCACCAACCCCGAGCUGGGCAGCAACGUGUCAGGCACGCAGACAUACCCCGUUGUGGCCGGUCGUGACAUGGCGAGCACCACUCUGCCUGGUUACCCCCCUCACGUGCCCCCCACUGGCCAGGGAAGCUACCCCACGUCCACCCUGGCAGGAAUGGUGCCCGGGAGUGAGUUCUCCGGCAACCCGUACAGCCACCCCCAGUACACGGCCUACAACGAGGCUUGGAGAUUCAGCAACCCCGCCUUACUAAUGCCGCCCCCCGGGGCUCCGCCCCUGCCGCUGCUGCCGCUGCCUAUGACCGCCACUAGUUACCGCGGGGACCACAUCAAGCUUCAGGCCGACAGCUUCGGCCUCCACAUCGUCCCCGUCUGA